AUGGACCUAACUUUCGUAAACCAAGCCCAACAAAUGAAUAACUGUUCAGGGCCCACCAAAAAAAAAACACGACCGAGAACAAGAACCUCGUUUUCCAUUUUUCUUCUUCUUCUUCUUCUUCCUCUCCACGCUCAUUGUUCACUGCAACUUUACUUGCAUCACCAUCACCGUCACCGCAACCAUGGAAGAAGAAUCUCACCACCACCACCACCACCACCAUCACUCACCCAACUCCCCAUCCUCACCACCCACCACCGGCACCUGCUGCAAGUGCGGCGGCCCCACCACCUUCGCCCCACCUCCUCCCUCCCCUUCCUUCUCCGAAAUCUCCCCUCCCCCAACCUACCGCCCCAUCCGCGCCCCCGCCGUCCCUCCCGACCCCCACUCCCAGCGCGCCAUCAUCCUCGCCCCUGUCCCUCAACCCCAGCACGUCACCAUCGCCUCACCGCCCUUCCACUUCCAAACCCCCAUCAAACGCAUCACCACCCCCGACGACACCCGCCACUUCCUCGACUCCGACUCCGGUAACAACUUCCUCGGCUUCGUCGCCGCCCUCUCCCAAUCCGUCCGCGGCCGCAAAAUCUCCGACCCCUGCCACCUCUCCGACCCCGUCAACGCCGUCGUUCAAGCCAUCGAGACUCUAUCCCUCUGGGUCGACGAGAUCCCUCCUGUUCAGCAAGCCGCGCGAUACGGCAACGUCGCCUACCGAACCUGGCACGAGAGAAUGGAAAAUUCCGGCGAAUCUCUCAUGCACCGGAUCCUCCCGGAGGAACUCCGGGCUGCCACUGUUGAAUUAGUCCCUUACUUCGCCGACGGCUUUGGGAACUCGAGCCGGAUCGAUUACGGGACCGGGCACGAGACCAAUUUUGCGGCGUGGCUGUACUGCUUGGCGAGGCUAGGGGUGAUCAAGGAAGAAGAUUACCAAGCUGUGGUGAUCAGGGUGUUUGUGAAGUACCUUGACUUGAUGAGGAAGUUGCAGUUGGUGUAUUGUUUGGAGCCUGCAGGCUCACAUGGUGUUUGGGGGCUUGAUGAUUAUCAUUUUCUGCCAUUCAUAUUUGGGUCUUCACAGUUGAUUGAUCAUAAGUAUAUGAAGCCGAAAUCGAUUCAUAACCAGGAUAUUUUGGAUAAUUUCUCCCAUGAGUACCUUUACCUUGGCUGCAUUUCGUUUAUCAAGAAGGUGAAGAAGGGUCACUUUGCUGAGCACUCUCCCAUGUUGGAUGAUAUCAGUGGGGUGCCUAAUUGGAACAAGGUUAACAGUGGCUUGCUUAAGAUGUACAGAGCUGAAGUGUUGGAGAAGGUCCCCAUCAUGCAGCAUUUCCUUUUUGGGUCCCUUAUUAAGUGGGAUUAGGGAAUGGUGCGUGGAGUGACUUUGCCUGGGGGCAUUGCUGUGUUGCCCCGCUCUGAAUCAUGUUGAUGAAGUCAAGUAUUGGAAGUCAUUAGAGGGGAUUUAUGUUUAUAGCAGUUCAUUCAUUUGAUCUUUUGAUACUCACUUUGUUGACCUACUUGUUCACUGUCAACUUACUUAUUCUAGAUAUACUCAUGUUCGUGAAAGAAAAAAAAUGGAAUGGAGUUUCUUCGUUUUGCCAUGACUGAGGAGAUUGUUUGCUACAUGUGGAAGAAUAGUUAAUAUACUUCAAGAAGAUCUAGUUAAUGCAUGCUUGUGCCACUGGUUUCUGGCUCUUACAUUACGAACAGCAUAGAGUGUAACCCCUUUAUCUUUUUGAUGAAAUUUGGAAACUAACAACUUCUGUAGUGAAUCAAUAUAUUUGAAUUUUUAUUUCA